GUUAACGUUCGCGCCGUAAACGCCAACAACUUUCACUAUACCCGGCUAUCAAACCGAGGUUGGAAAUUCCGUUAUUUUCGUUUCGAACACAUAAGCAUUAAUAACUCGAAGAAGAGAUGAUACAUAAAAUUAAACGUAGCGGAGGACUAGUGAAAUGUGAAAGUUUUGUUUUGGUCUGUUUUCUUCUUUUAUUAUACACAUUUACCGGUUCAUCGGGUCAAAAAGAAAAAGAGAAACCAAGUAACAUUCAAGAUUUAUACAACACAAGUUCAUGUAUCCCAAAACCAUUUAAAUGUCCUCAUCGUCAAAUUGAAUUUUUUCUUUACACCAGGCGAACUCAGCAAAAACCGGAACUGUUAAACACCAAAGAUCAAAAUUCCCUUUUUAAUUCGUUUUUUAAUAGACACCAUCCCACAAAAAUAAUAGUCCAUGGAUUUGGUGGUGGCCGAAAUCAAUCGCCAAGUACCGAUAUGAGAGAUGCUUAUUUUCAUAAUGGCGAAUAUAACAUAAUCAUCGUCGAUUAUGGAAGUUUAGUCAAAGAACCGUGUUUGAAACAAAUGGAAUGGGCACCUCGGUUUUGCGCUAAAUGUAUCUCGCAAUUAGUAAGAUACUUAACACAACAUCCACGGGGAAUUCGCGCCGAUGAUAUGCACAUGAUCGGAUAUAGUGUUGGGGCUCAUAUAAUUGGAUUGGUGGCGAAUUAUUUGAGCCCGGAAAAAGAUGGAAAACUCGGUAGAAUCACCGGAUUGGAUCCUACAAUAGUUUUUUAUAUGGGCAAUAAUCGAUCGAGAGAUUUAGAUCCGUCGGAUGCCCAUUUUGUUGAUAUUAUGCAUACGGGAGCUGGUAUUUUAGGGCAAUGGGGUCCAAAUGGUCAUGCUGACUUCUAUAUUAAUGGUGGUUCUAGUCAACCCGGUUGUGCAAGCGAUACUUUAUUUCAAACUUUAGCUUGUGACCACACCAAAGUUUCACCUUAUUUCGUAGAAUCAAUAGUUACCAAAAAAGGAUUUUGGUCAUAUCCUUGUCCCACACUGGUCAGUUAUCUUUUAGGAUGGUGUAAUCCCGAUAAAGAAGAUUAUGUUUUAAUGGGAGAACAUGUUACACAUGAAGCACGUGGAAUUUAUUACGUAUCAACGAAUCCAAGUCCUCCUUUUGCACUAGGAUACCCGGGAAAACAGAAAAGGGAUUUAUUUAGAAGGAAACGAAAUGUUUAAGUUUAAGAUGAAAAUAAAGUUUUAAGUAAUU